AUGCUGAGCACGGAAAGUUUGGCUGGGGCGAGAGCCCUGGGCGAGGAAUCGCUGCAGAUGUGGGACCUCAACAAGCGGCUGGAGGCCUACCUGGCCCGUGUGAAGUUCCUGGAGGAGGAGAACGAGGUGCUGCGAGCCGAAAUCCAGAGCGCCAAGGGCAGCCCCGACGGCGACGCGUGGAGGGCCAGGUACGAGGAGGAGCUGCGAGCACUGCGGGAUGCCCUGGACCAUGCUUUUAGGGAGAAAUGCACGGCCGAGCUGGCCAGGGACAACCUCUACGAGGAGGUGGAGAGGGUGAAAAGCAGGUGCCAGAAGGAGCAGGCAGCCCGGGAGGAAGCCAAGAAGCUGCUGUCCCUGGGCAAAAAGGAGCUGGAGGAGGAGAGGAGGGCGCAGAUUUGGCUGAAGGAGCGGGCGGCGCAGCUGGAGAAGGAGGUGGGAGCGUUGCUGGAGGCACACGAGGAGGAGAAAGCGGGGCUGGACCAGGAGAUCACCAGCUUCUCGCAGGGUUUGGAGACCUUCCCCUGUGCGCCGGUGGCUUUCCAGCCCGUGGAGGUGGAGGACUACUCCAAGAGGCUCUCGGAGAUAUGGAAAGGGGCGGUGGAGACCUACAAGGCGGAGGUGUGGCAGCUGGAGGGAUCCCUGUGCCAGGCCAAGGAGAGCCUCUGGAAGGCGGUGGAGGACAACCAGAGGAGCAGGGGGCAGCUCCAGCACCUGGAGAAGGAGCUGGAGGGGCUGCGAGCUCGGAAGGAGAUGCUGGAGGAGAGCCUGGCCCGGCAGUGGCAGGAGCAGCGCGGGGAGGCUGAGAAGGUCCAGGUGGGUGAAGGCGAUGGGGAGGCACAAAUCCCACCCAGGGAGGGGGAGAUUGGGGUGCAGUGA